GUAUGUUAUAGACGGAGGAAUAAACAAACAACGGACAACCCGAUUACAGAGAUGGCAAGGAUCGGAGAAAUCGAAGAAGAGGAGGAGGCGACGCCGUUGUUGCCGAAGAUCCCUGAAACCGAACCGGUUCUACAGAGGUCCAGAACUGUUACGACGAAUGUGCCGGAGGCGGAGGUACACGUGUACAAGCAAGGGAAAGGUCCGAUCGACGUCAUCAAAACGGGCCUGAGUGGGUGGGACCAGGACCAGCUGGAUGUCCGCGAAAUUCUGGAGAAGUAUGGGUUGAAGACGGUUUAUGCAUACACUCCUGGAUCGAGUCGGGGCGUUCCUAUUCGGUUCAACCCGCGGAAUGGCCGGUCCAUAGUCACGUACAGAGAUGGUUCCGUUAUUUAUCUCGACGGCGAUCCCAAGGAUUCGCUGCUCAGUCCCAUCACGAAGAUAUUAUUAAGUGUUGCAUUAAUCACCUUAAUGAUUGUUGUGGUUAUGAAAGAAACUCCACAAUGGGCGAAUAAACUCAACUUCUCCAGUGGUCCGAUUCCUCCAUGGGUUUUAGCUUGUGGAGUUGUCGUUUUCACACGAAUGCGGAAGAGAACUAAGAGUUUUCUACAGAGAUAUUUUCAGUGAUCCUUCAGAAUCUUCACUCAAAAAAUCCCAGGCAAAAAAGAAAAUCCCCUGUUUCUAAUGUUUUGUUUUUAUUAGUUCGAUUUGCAUAACUCGUUCAUCCACACCCACACGUGAGAUUUAUCGACUUGUUUAGCAGAUUUUGCUUUUGGAUAAUUCAGCCGAAUGUUUUGGCUCCGUAAAUUUUUGUUGUGUGGAUACUUUUGCUUUCUUCUCCACUGUGACAUUUUUGUAAUAUUUUAUCGACUUUUCUUUUUCGAUAUGAAACUAAUAACUUCACUCGUGCA